AUGGACUGUAGCUGCGUCUCUGACCUUCUCUUCGCCCCGCCUGCCCUGCCUGCUCUCUGGACCCCUGGGUUUGCCUUCCCGGAUUGGGCCUACAAGCCGGAGUCAUCCCCUGGCUCGAGGCAGAUCCAGCUGUGGCACUUUAUUCUGGAGCUGCUGCAGAAGGAGGAGUACCAGGGUGUCAUCGCCUGGCAGGGAGACUACGGGGAGUUUGUCAUCAAGGACCCGGACGAGGUGGCUCGGCUCUGGGGCAUCCGCAAGUGCAAGCCCCACAUGAAUUACGACAAGCUGAGCCGGGCCCUGCGCUACUACUACAACAAGCGGAUUCUCCACAAGACCAAAGGGAAGAGGUUCACCUACAAGUUCAACUUCAGCAAAGUUGUGCUUGUCAAUUACCCGUUGUUGGAUGUGGCUGCAGCCACCACGGGCUCCUCACUCCUGCUGACCCCUGGUCCCUUUGGGGGAGCCCCUGGGCCAGAUGCUCCUCCCCUCACCCCUGAGACCCUGCAGACCCUGUUCUCUGCCCCACGCCUAGGAGAGCCGGGGGCCCGUGCACCCCUGUUCACCCCCGAGACAGACAAACUGCGUCUGGACAGCCCUUUCCCAUUCCUGGGCUCUGGUGCCACCAGCUAUUCCAAGCCCCCUGGCCUGCUGGGUCCCUUCGGCCGCGCUUUCCCAGAGCACCCCUGGAACUUUAGUCCAUACCUCACCGGCCCCUUCCCCAAGCUGCCCCCACCUCUCUACCCCCCACACUUCUACCCCAACCCUCUGGCCAGUUCCCUGGGCCACCUGCCCUCCACAGGGGCAGGGGGAAGCCCCUCCACAGUGCCCUUACUGGCUGCGACUGGGGAGGGCCUGGGCCCUGAGCGCCCCUCAGGCCUGGCAGCGGCCCCUCGCCUGGCACUGCCGGGGGCUGGGGGUCCAGAGGCCACGCUGGGCGGGAAGGAGGACAGUGACUCAGAGCUGGAGAUCACCGACGUCAGCGGCUGCAGCUCCGACAGUGAGGGCGACGAGGGCCUCCCCACGCCCCCCAAGGCCAAGGCGGGCAAAGGCGGGGUCGGCAGCUGAGCCAGCGUGGGUUGAUGGAUUCUGCCGAGGCGGGGACCAGGGCAGCCACCCGCGCAGCCUCUCCAAUGUCCUGUCUGCCCUCAAUGUCCUGCCUGAGACUGGGGACCAGCCCUCAGCCGCUCCUAGGCCCAGGCACAUGGCUGCCCUAGUCUUCUUCCCCAACCCCAGACUGGGGGUCUCACCUCCCCCUCCUGAGGAGGGAGGGAACACAAUGGCCUCCAGCCUCUCCCCAGGCUCCAGUUUGAGGGGGUCCCCGCCUGGCCCCACUCCCGAAGUGCAAUACGGUGCCCAGCCUCUCCCUCAACCCACCCCUGUGCUGUGACUUGUGUGUUUGUGCGGCCAUGUCUCCCCUGUGCCGGCCCCAGUCCUGACGCCCCCACAACCCAGGCCCCCUGGGGACAGGGAGCUCAGAGCAAUA